CGUGGCUUUUGCGGAGGCAUGUGGCGGGCGACCGCGGAGGAGGGGGGGCCCCGCUGCCUCUUCUCCCUCCCGCUCCCAGUCGCUGCCCUUCCUGUCCAAGCGGGCCCAGCAGACGGCGGUGGGAUGCGGAGCUUUUGGGGAGGGGAGUCCCGUUUUCUUCUCCUUGCGGGGGCGCCUUGGAAGUCCCUGGCGUUGCAACCUGUGGGAGCGCUUUGAAGAGAUAUAUCACUUAAAGUCUAAUUGACUGAUGCUGGAGAAGACCAUCAGAGAAGCCCCCUCCCUUUCAAAGGCAAGCUUUCAAGAUGUGGGCGACUAUUGUGUUUUUCCUCCUGAUUUCAUUGUGUGUGUCUGAAAAUGGGAGUGCCAUCUUAAAGGAGAAUGGAGUCCAGAUAACACACGUGCAUCUGUUCAGUAGCCUCAAACACUGUGAACAAGCUUGCAAAGGUCCAACAGCGUCAGGGAGUCGCUACUGCUGGUCGGUGCUGUAUCAGAACCGCUGUGUCCUCUUGCGCUGUCCUCAGCUGAAUGUGUGCCAGAAUGCCAGCACACAGGAUAUUAAAGAACUCAUGGGAGAAUAUAUGAUCCGUAAAAGAAGAGACCAUGAUACGUCCAAUCAUGAAAAUGAUACAGCAAGUACAGAGAAUCCAAAUACAGAGCUGAUGAAUAAGACAAAUACAGAAGUGCCUCUUUCAUCAAAAGCGCAAGCAAAGACAAUAGCAGGAAAUAUUGCAGUCAACACAAUAACUGCGACUACAACCAUUGCACAGAAAACUGCCACUACCAUCUCACAAGUUAGAGCAGGAACAAUAGCCAUAACCAAUAACAGUAAUAAGAGCAUAACCACAGCCAGUAAGGAGCCAGCUGUUAGUACUCCAAACAGGACGUCAGUUUCCAGCAUCCCUCCUUACUCCACAUCUUCCCUGUCAAACAGCACAGAUGUGAGUGUUAAAACGACAACAAGUCCAGGAAGGGCUCAGGGCAGUAAUUUGACUUCUGGAAUAACUGGGAAAAUAACAACAACAGAAGCUCUUCAGAGAACUACUGUUGCUUCUUUGUCCACAAUAACAAAGCAUUCAGUACUUUCCACCUCCCUGAAACUAUUCCUUCCAUCUGCCACUUCUGUUCCAAUUACCUCUGUCACCAUUGGAAGAAGCUCAAAACCUGUAAGCUUCUCUGCCACUACUAUGACCCAUAGCCCCUCAACAUCAGCAGCUGUAAACAUGACUCUAACAGCUACUGGGUCAGCCAUAACAACAGCAUCCCCUACACCAACAAGCCCAGCUGAAUACAUACCUGUUGUGACAGUCAAAGACAAGGGUACUUCUAAUAAGGCAACUCCGACAGUCUUGUCCAAGAGUGUGGAAAGUCCCACUACUACUGCAUUUACACCAUCUACCAGUCAACUGGCAAUGACAACAACUCAUGGGAAUCCCCUGGGAACAUUUUCAACUAAAAGCCCAACAGCUUCAUCCAAAGCCAUAACUGUAAAACAAGACAAGCGUCAGCCGGACGUAGGUGUUGUGAGUAAUUUUCGGCAGGUAGAUGUCAGUUUGCUCUUUGCUGUGCUCCUCUUUGGAGUCCUAUUUUUUAUAACAAUUGUAGUCUUGUUUGCCAUUCAGGCCUAUGAGAGCUACAGGAAGAAGGACUACACUCAAGUAGACUACCUAAUUAAUGGGAUGUAUGCAGACUCAGAGAUGUGAAAGCAAUCAAGGGGGGAAGGAAGAAGCUUAGUCCUUACAGCUGUUAUCGAAGGAUGUACAGAACCUUGUGUGACUUGUCUUUCCAUUCUCAGUUCCGCCUAUAGGACCAACUGAAAGUGCUUCCAAAUUACUUUUGGUGCAAUGUAGGAGAAAUGCCAUGUAUUGUACUUUUAAAAGUAUUUUUGUAACUCACAGGUUGCCAUGGAUCUACUGUUUCUCCAAUUGUGCUAUUGCUUCUGUUGUGCUAUUUUUAUUUGCCAUUGCAAAAGGGUGUUAAAGCUGAUGGCCACCCCCUCAGAGGACCAGCUUCCUUCCUACGUUUUGUCCUUCCUAAGGUUCUCUUAAAGCUCCACCACUUCCCAUGGGAUAGAUGGUAAAAACGGGUGUCUCCAGGUGGACUUAACUUUUUUUUAAGCAUUCCUAACACCUGCAGGUAUCAUAGAGACUGUAUCAACGGCUGCUAAUUCCAAAUGGCGGACCAAGGACUGUCAAUGUUAGUACAGGUGACCCAGACCAAAAGAGUGCCAAGAACAAGCAACACCUCCCCCCCCAUACCCACACCUGUACAGAGGUUUGGAUCUUCUAGUUAUGGUACGCUUUAAUUCAUUUGCAGGUACAGUGGUAAGCCAAUCACGAGAGAAGCUGCUGGCUCAGGAUGCAGUGAAAUAGUGGUACUUGUUCACAUGUUUAGAAAGAGUCUUAACAGCUUUGAAUGAAAAAAAUUCCCUAGAAUUACUAAGUACUCCUGUGGCUCCCUGUUGGGGGUAAUGUUAGUAGAGCAAUCAUGUUUUUCAGUAGCCUCCUUGCUUGUUAAAAGAAAUGUGCAUAAUAGACUCUGUUAAUGCAGUUCAACUUCCUAAUCAUGGUGGUUCUUCCAGGAGGAGCUUGUGCACCUUUAUAUGAUUUUAUUUUUGUACUCACUCAUUUAAUAAAAGAGGCCUGGAAGGCACACACAA